CAAGCUUGCUAAAGUUGUCAGAGUAAAUUAGCUUGUCUUCCAGUGCACUUACAUGAUCCACAGGCCCCAGCGGAUUAGUGCACAGAGUGGAAAAAUGAAUCAACUGGGGAGCAAGAUUCUGAUGUUGGCACCUUUGAUUAUUGUGCUGUUGCUCUGCCACUUUGACAAGUCUCAAGCAGCUAGCAGCUUUGAUUGCUGCCUUCAAUAUACAGAACGUCCUGUGCAUGUUAAAUUGAUCAAAAGCUAUGGAGAACAGUGGUCUUAUGAAGCCUGUGACAUUGAUGCCAUCAUUUUUUAUACCAGACGAUUCAUUGUGUGUGCUAAUCCAAAGGAAGGAUGGGUGAAACAGAACCUUAGAGUUUUAAGAGCCAGAAACAAGAAGAUGUCAAAGUCAAAUUGAAAUGGAACUGGCAAAAGACUGAAAAACCGAAGAACCUAAACUAGGUUGGAACUUCUACUUGCACAUCUUUGUGUGCUAACCAUCAAUCUAAUUUAGCUAUCAUUGGAUCUAUCCAAUCAGUGAAGUUGAUUCAUAUUGCAUCACAGUUUUGCUUUUUUAAGCAUUUUAUAAAAGUCUGACAUUUUCUUUUAUGUUGUUGUAUUUAUAGAUAGAGAAUUUUUGUGUUCAUUAAAUGUUUGUCAUUUAAAACUUUUCACAACUUGGCCCUAAGCUGUUUCCAGUCUGUGUUUUAGUCAAACUGCCAUUCUUGUUUUUCCUCACACACACUCCAGCUCCCCUUUGCACCUUUGUACAGGCUGUCCCUUAUGUCUGGAUGGCACUUUGUUCUUACUUGCACUAGAGGAAAUUGUAAAUUUCCUUCAAAGUUCUGCUCAAGUGCAACUACUUUCUAGAUAAAGCUCUUCCUGAGCCCCUCAGAAUUCCUGCCUCCCCUCUUCCAAAAUGUAUUUAUUUUCAUAUACUUAUAUAUGUACAUGUUGUAUUCCUUGAUAUAAUGUAAGUCCCUUGAGGGCCAGGACUGUUUCCUAGCAUUUAGCUGGCACAUAGUAGAUACUUAAUAACUCUAUAGAGUAGUAAGCUAGUUUGUUAUCAUUAUUGCUGUUACCUGAUAUUCAGUUAUUUGAAGGAUUAAAGUACUACGAUUAUCUUUAACUUUUGAAUUUUGAAUUAUUUUACUUUUAUGGUUUAUUCUAAACUAAUGUUUGAUGUUUCAUUCAAUGGCUAACUUUAUAUGAAAAAAGAAAAUGCUGCAAAAUUGUUGAUAUUAAUAAUAAAAGAAUGAACAAAAAAACUAAGUAGUCAAUGAUUUUUACUAAAUUUUAUCCAGCAUCUACAAUACAGAGUUAAUGGGAAAAAUAUUAAUUUGUUAUUAUAGGCAAAAUACUGACCAUUCUUCUAGUCAUAUACCCUAUUUUUGUACUCCAAUAUCAUAGAAAAUUUAGAGAGAGAAGAAAAAGCAUUCUACUUUCUAUAUGAAAAGUCAUCACAUAUGGGAAUUUAUUAUGUAAGAAUUACAAAGGAAUACUCUUGAGGAAAGCCAUUCAAACCAGAAAUUAGAGACAUAUUAUAAGAUGUGAUAUCUUGUAUUUAUCAUUGUAAGUUAAAGUUGAUUUAAAAAACAUCAUAUCCAUCAAAGUGAUUUGAGUCCAUCAAAAUGUUGAAAAUUGUCUUGGAAAGUCUUCUAGUACAUCUUUUUGCUAUAGGUAGGGCCUUCCUUAUAAACAUGUGAGAACCUCUGUUAAGUAAAUGUUCUCAAUUUUCUUUUAAGCAGUCUCCAAAAAUAAAAAUAAAUUAAUACUCAAUAUAAGAUUCAAAGUUGAUUGCCUCACUCAUCCAAAUGUAGAAUCCUGGA